AUGUCGCUACGACCGAUCCCUCUAGCCCUGGGAGACAAACAUACGACGUUCGAUAAGGGUGGUGAGAUACUGGAUGAGGUCGAGGUCGCGGAAAGGGAAGCAAGAGCUCAAUCCUCAAGGCUUAUAGCUAAGCGAAGACUGGUGACGGUGGUCAAGCAUGUGCCUUCGUCGAAAGAGCAGGCUCUCCCUGUGCUUAUCAACCAAAUCAACUGCUCCUUUGAAAUGGACAGGCUGCUCCAGAACAAUAUAGGGCUGAUUGGAACGAGACCGAAACGGGCCCUAAGUGUUAGCCAGCGGGUUGUUGAAUCGGCAACGACAGCAUGGGGUAUCCUUCUCUGGGGGAUAUCGUAUGUUGUGAUGGUUUGGAUAUACCCCGUCAUCACCAAGGGUUUCAUUGCACUGCUUAUCGGACAUCGGAUAGUAGCUGAGGUGGUUCUAAAGAUACUGGAAUGGCGUGCAGCACCUGAUGCGGCUGCAUUGAAGGAUAUAUCCGCCACGGCUCAACAGAUUGAUAUCAGACUUCAGCAGUUCUGCUAUUGGCCUAUACAAUAUAUGACACUACGCAAGAGGAAGGACGACUGGGAGAGUGUGACGAACAGUCAUCCGGACUAUAUCAGAUUCUACAAUAGUCUCUGGCUCGUGGCCAACGAUGUCAUCAUCGGCAUUGCCCUGGGUUCAUAUAUCGUCGACAACGCCGAUACUGUGGCCUCACAAAUCAACGCAGUGCUAAGCGGCUGGACUGUCGACGGGCUUCAGCAGACUAUAUCAUGGCUUAUGGGCUGGCCGGCCGGCCUGAAACUCAACAAUGAACUGGCUGUGUUUUUGGGAGACCUGUUCCUAUGGGUCAUCGCCCAUUGGGCCAGUGCACUGGCGAGUCUCCGGCCGUUCCUUUCACACGUAGUCUACAUAAUCGGAUGUGCGAGCUUCGCCGGGGCCAGCAUGUCGAUUGCCAUGUUCUCCGACCUCCUUACCAUCUUCACCGUCCACAUAUAUUCCUUCUACAUUGCGUCUGCACGUAUCUUUAACUGGCAGCUGACGAUUAUAAUAUCCCUUUUCCACCUCUUCCGCGGCCGAAAGAGAAACAUCCUUCGAAACCGGAUAGAUUCCUGUGAUUACGAUCUUGACCAGCUACUCCUCGGCACGAUCCUGUUUACGCUUCUUUUCUUCCUGUUGCCUACCGUUCUUGUGUUUUAUAUUACUUUUGCAUCUGCCCGGAUGGCUAUUAUUUCUCUAAAGGCGGCGCUUGAUACGUGUUUGGCCUUUCUCAACCAUUUCCCAUUAUUUGCAUUGAUGCUGCGGCUAAAGGACUCGCGGCGACUCCCUGGAGGGACGCGGUUUGAGCUCCGGAAACCAACCCUUCCCAAGCCGCCAAAUGAUAAGCUCGAAUAUACGGAGACGUCCUACAUCCACCUCAAGUCAAUACCCCUUUCUCUCAGGGAGAUGUUCGACCAGUACUUCCGCCUCGGCCACCGUAUCCGCCAGCACUAUCUCUCACCCCGAGUGAUCCUCUGUCUUGCCACUGGCCAGUUUGUUCCCCCUAUCCAUCGACGCAACCUGUACAGCCUACAGUAUAGCAUGCUCCCGGCCCAGCGAGUAGGCAUAAUCGACGUAUGGUCACGCUUGACGGCGAAGAGCACAUCGACCAGCAGUGGCACCCACAGCAGCGGCGGCGGAGGAGGAAUGGGAGGCGUUGGAGUCUUCCACGACAAGCCAUUCAAGACCUUGACCUCCCUUCGCACGCCCGACCCGCGCUUUUCGUGUCCGACAGACGCCAGCUCGCAUCACUGCCAGGCCGUCGUCGAAGACGACAAGAUGCACGGAAAGUGGACUGAGGCCGAGGACGUCGCCAUCGUGGCCUUCCGCCUGGGGACAAACCUGAGUUGGGAAGGCAUCAAAGUCAAGUUCGAUGCCGUCUUCCCUCAAGCCAGCGCCAAAGACCUCGAGUCUCGCUGGAACAAGUCACUCAGGCCGACAAUGCCCCCAGGUGCGAGCAGAAGUAUUGCCGAUGUCUUUGAUGACUACAGGCAUUACAGACCGAGCCACAUCGCCGAUGGCAGGGAGAGGAGACUGGUGCUCGAGGUUCUGCGAGUGUUGGAGCAACAUCCCAACGACAGGGUUGUUCCACCGCACCCAGAACUCGAGUCUGGAGAUCAAGGACUCCAGCCAGCGGUCGCUCCACCAAGCUCAGAGAGCACCCAGUCCGUUGCGCCUCCCCGGCAGCCAAGUCCACCCCAGAUACCGCAGCCGGCACCAUCGCCGUCCCAGCUCUACCUUGAGGGCUGGGCUCCAGCGGGUGUCGCAGCGACCUGGGGCCAGGGAGAGCCCGAGCAGCAAGGACAGCAUGGGUAUGGGAGUGUCGAGGGCUACGACCUCCUUGGUGUGAGCGACCCGACAAGCCAACAACUCGAGAGCGCGUUUUUCGAGCAGGGAGACUACCAGCAACCUCCCACGCAGGCAUAUCCGCCGUACUCGCAGCAGCAGCAGCAGCCAGCCCAGCCAACCCAGCCAGCUGAGCCGCAGCCGCAGCAGCAGUCGCAACUAGAGCAGGGACCGUUCGAUCCCAAUAUCGACCCCCGGCUCUACGGAUAUCAGUGA